AUGGCAACUAACAAUAGCCUGUCUACAAUGGCAGAGAGUACUGUAUCGAAUGAAGCUUUGAUUGUGGCUCAUUAUUCUUUAACAAUUACAGUUGUUGGUACUGCAUUCAACUUUCUAACAUUUUUUAUUCUCUGUCGAUCAACAUUCAGAAAUACACGAACAAGACCAACCCUUCAUUAUAUGAGAACAAUGGCUAUAUUUGAUAUUCUUAUGUUAUAUGGAUGGAAUCUCGAUCAUUAUCUUGGUACCAUGCAUGGAUUUACUAUUCAAGAAUUAACAAUACCUCUAUGCAGAUUUUUUGCCUUUCUUAAUUAUUUUGCUGCUCAAUCAUCAGCUUGGCUUCGUGUUUUCGUCUCUUUUGAUCGGUAUUUAUCGUUGAGUCGUCUUCAUCGAACAUGGUUUGGUCAAUCGAAAAAUGUUCUUAUCAUUAUUGGAUGCAUUCUUGGAUGUUGUACUCUAAUAAAUGGUCUCCUUUUUAUUUACGGUUGUUCUCAACGGGCAGAUGGUAAAAUUAGUCAAGCUUCUUGGGCAUUUCAAAUAUAUCCACUAUGGGAUUACGUCAAUUUAGGAGUAUACAAUUGUGCACCAUUUAUAUUCAUGAUUACAUUUAAUAGUGGUGUGAUUUAUCACUUAAUUCGUCUUCGUUAUACAAGUACUGUUCAAAAUUCACGCAUACAACAUAAAUCUAUUUCAAUUACAUUGGUCAUAACAACAUUUCUGUUCCUAAUUAUGACUAUACCAGCUACUGUAGGUUAUGCAUUCUUUCCCACUGCAAGUUCUACCAUUUUGCAUUUAUUGGAUGGAUUUCUUUAUACUUAUCAUGUAUUAUCAUUUCCAUUGUAUAUGAUUACAUUUGAUGAAUUUCGACAAGAUUUUUUUGCAAUGAUUACAUGUAGAAUAAAUAAUCCAAGAGUUGGACCACAAACACAAACUCGUGCUGUACCACAAACAUUGAAUACAGGAAAAAUUAUGACCAAUCCUUCAAAGUAA